AUGAAAGCAGACAAGACGAUUAAAAUGAAGCGUCUUUCUGACAAAGAAGGGUGGGAGCUUUUCCACAAAGAAGCCUUAAGGCUUCGCGACAGUACGCCGUCUCAAUGGGCAUACAUUCUAAAUCAGCUAAAGGCCAUUGAUCCCUUGUUUUAUCCAAUUCAUGAAGCGAUUCUGAUGGAGUUAUUCAAGCCGCUAAAGUACAACUACGAUGCUCUGAAAGCAUAUGAGCUCAGGCUUUGUUUCCUGUACUUGGCCGCUUAUAGAGAAGAGGAGGAAAUCGACGCGGAUCAAUUGAUACAAGUGUGGUUAGCAGAGAGACUGGUGAAAAGCAGAGAGGAGGGCCAUUACAGUUUUCUAAAGGUUUUGGAGGACCGAUGUUUGGUUGAGAUUGUGGUAAAAGAGGAAAACGACUUUGAUAUUUGUAAACUGAAAAUCCACGAUGUGCUCAAAGAUAUGGCGGUACACAUCGCGGAGGUAGACCAGAAUACUUUGUUCCAUGCAGGUCAGAGUUUAAAAGAGUUCCCAAUGUCCGCAAGUGCAACAUCGGUGAGGAUAUCAUUGGUGCAUAACUAUAUCAAACUUCUGCCUGGAACUUUUGAUUACAUGAAGUUAGAAGCUCUGUUGUUGAGCUGGAACACAGUUGAGGUGGUUCCAGAGGGGUUUCUGGAGAAGCUGAAUAUGUUGAAGGUGCUUGAUCUCAGCAACACGCCCAUCACAUUCUUGCCGAAGUCCAUUCACCAACUAAAGCAUCUCCUCUAUCUGCUGCUUUCCAAUACACGGGAAAAGUUCAUUUCAUGCGACAUAUCACAACUCACUGGGUUGGAAGAGCUUGCCAUGUGGAACACGCUGUUUGCAUUUUCAUGGGAGCUGACAGAUGGAAGAGAAUUAAAGGAGGCUUCUUUGCAAGAUGUAUGCAAACUCCUUCGUCUCAAGCGUCUACGUCUAACCCUAAAAUCUCUAGUUGAGGAGGGAAUGUACUUGAAGCUGAACUCUUCUCAAAUACUUCUCACUCUUUCCGGAUUAGGCUUAGGCAGAUUAUCCGAUUUGAAGAAAAUAGUGAUUGAGGAAUGCUUUCAGCUCAAGGACUUGGGAGAAGAAUUUGGGAGAAGAGGUUGCUUUCCAAGGUUGUGCAAGCUCAAGCUGUGGAUGUUACCUUCUCUAGAGAGUCUGUGUAGUUCUAUCAGAGAAGGGAGUCUACCCAUGCUACAGAAUUUGGUUAUAUUCCGUUGUAUGAACGUUAAAGUGCUGCCAUCAAGUCUUUAUUAUCUCAAGUCUCUAGGACAGAUCAGAGGAGAUAAAGAAUGGUGGAAUGAAAUUAACUGGGAAGAUGAAGAAAUGAAGAAGCAUCUUCAUGCUAAGUACGUGGAAAUCCCUGAUAAUAAUAAUGUUUAA